GGGGGUGCUGAAUCAUUUGUAGUUGGCACGGCUGAAAUAAGAAAAUUCACACUUUGGGGGCAAUUGUUUUUUUACAUCAAUAAGAACGUACAUCUUGAAUUUUUUUUCCGGCGUUCCCUGGUCUUUGGAAUUUCGAAAUUUAACGUAAACUGUGGAAUAAUAAAAGGAGGCUGGUUUUUCGAUGGUUUUUGUGCUUUUACUUUAAGCUGAUUUUUUAAUUCUGGAACCCUGGUAGUUUUUUUCUUUUAUCUUUUCUCGCGCAAGUUUUUUUUGUUCUUCAAAGUAUCGUUUUUCGUCUUUCGUGAUCUGAUAUAUCGCUCCGUCGUGAUCAUGGCCGGGAGGUCUCAGGCGGACAGGAACCAGUUGCCCCUAAUGCUUCUAAGACUGCUCUGCCUUCUCCCUACAGGGCUGCCUGUCCGCAGUGUGGAUGUAAACCGAAGUACCGACAACAUCACGGUCCGGCAAGGCGAUACAGCCAUCCUCAGAUGUUUUGUGGAAGAUAAGAGCUCCAAAGUGGCUUGGCUGAACCGCUCCGGCAUCAUCUUUGCCGGACAGGACAAGUGGUCCCUUGACCCACGAGUAGAGUUGGAUAAGAGAAGCGUGCUGGAGUACAGUCUCCGCAUUCAGAAAGUGGACGUCUACGAUGAAGGUCCUUACACCUGCUCCGUACAGACACAGCAUCACACCAAGACCACCCAGAUCUAUCUCAUCGUACAAGUCCCACCAAAGAUUUCCAACAUCUCUUCAGACAUCACUGUGAAUGAAGGAAGCAACGUGACAUUGGUCUGCAUGGCCAACGGGCGCCCCGAUCCAAUCAUUACCUGGAGACAUCUCACCCCAACAGCCCGGGAGUUCGAGGGGGAGGAGGAAUUCCUGGAUAUUCAGGGGAUCACGCGGGAGCAGUCUGGAAAGUACGAGUGCAAGGCAGCCAAUGAAGUAGCGUCCGCAGACGUCAAGCAAGUCAGGAUUACUGUGAACUACCCUCCUAUCAUAACCGAAUCCAAGAGCAUUGAAGCCAUUACUGGGAAGCGGGCAUCCCUGCGCUGUGUGGCCAACGCUGAGCCUAUCCCUGAUUUUGAGUGGUACAAGGAUGACACAAGGUUAAACAGCGCCCAGGGCUUGGAAAUAAAAAGUAUUGGAAACCGAUCUACUCUGGUGGUCGCCAACGUCACUGAAGAGCAUUAUGGGAACUACACCUGUGUGGCUACUAACAAACUAGGGGUCACCAACACCAGCCUAUACCUCUACAAGCGCGUUUUACCCACAAACCCCCUUCCCGCCUCAGAGAGAGGCAGCAACGUACAUUUCAAACAAAAAGGACCCGGGACAGUAGUAGGCAAUGAGUCCAGCGACAUGGCCGUUUCAAUUUGGCUAAUGGCAGCUUCCCUUUUCUUCCUAUUCUGCAAAUGUUAAUAUAACAAAUAUAUACAAGAAAAAAAAAAUUAAGAAAAUACACAAAAAAAAAAGUAACAGAGGAGCGAAAGAGAGAGAGAGAGACAGAACUGUUUCCUUCAGUUUGAGGAGUUAAAAACUACGUUCUUUAAAAAAAAAAAAAAACGGAAGACCAGAAAAUUUAUUAAAACCAACAAGAAACAAAAAAAAGAAACAACGUUCAAGACGAAGGGACUGAAAUCUGUGUGAAAACAAACAAAAUAUUAAAAAAAAAACAACAAAAAAACAAAAACACAUAAUGCUGAGAACAUUGAAAUGUUGUAUAAAACUGUUCUUUUUUCUCUGUCA